AUGAAAAACUCAGAUAUCCAAUGGUUCUAGAUUGUGGCCACACUUUCUGCUAAGAUUGCCUGCUUUAAAUCAAGCAGCAAUCUAUUGAUCAACUGGUAAUUAAUAGAAAUUUCAUAACUUUAGAAACCAAUUUAAUGCCCAACUUGCCGAGGGGAGUUCCCAGUUGAGAAUUUCAGAUUGAUAAAAAAUUUCCAUCUGUUUGAAUCAUACAUGAAGCAGCACAAGAACUAACCCAAUAAAGCUUGUGAUUCCAAAACUCAAAGAAAAGUAGAGGAAGAUGACUCAAAAUCAAGACAACUCUUCAAAGAUCGAUCAAACUCAAAAGAUUUCUCCUUAAGAAUUGAUACUGAAACUCUUAAUAUUUCUAGGUCAGAUUUAACUAGACAUUCUAUGAUAAGUUAGAGCUCUAACUAUCAUAGUGCUUGGAAAGGUGAGUCUACUCAGCAUAGGAUAAAAUAAAAUGACUUGAACUUGAUAGGAAGCCAUGAAGUAAUUCAUGGAGACAGAUCAAAUCAGAUGCUAAGAUAACCAAUUCAGAGGGAAAAUGUACCACCUUAUAAUACUUAUGCUGUUUCAAACUCUCAUAGGAAGUCUUAAUCGACUAUACCCAAAGAUAUCUAAGUAAGAAUUUCACUUUUUAUAAUUUAGAAUAUGAGAGUAAUGAACUUAUUUCAAGAUAUAACUAAUCUCAAUAUCAAUGGGAGGAUGGCAGAGUUGAAUCUAUUUGAUGAGGAGGAGAAAAAAGAACAAAGCAUCGAUUACAGUUCUGCAAGAUAAGAAGAUAACAUAUUCUGCUCUUAAAUGACUGGAGUUGUUGACAAUAUCUUUGAUGAUAUAUAAUCAGUUGCUAAAACUCAAAAGAAGAGAUAGGUUAACAAAUCUAAGAUUAAAGGGGAAAACAAGGAUUUGUAUAUCUGCGGGCACUCAUAAUAAUCCUUGAAUAAGAUUUGCUAUACUUGUGAUUAGUUAUUUAUCUGUUCAGUAUGUGCAUUAGAGUUGCAUCAUGGCCACUACAUAGAGAAUUUUCCUUAUGAGCUUCAGUGCUUUACUAAAAUGAUCUAAAAAGAUAACCUUGGUGGAUUUGAUAAAGUUUCUUAAGAAGUUGAAAAUAGAGUUAAUGAUCCUUAAUACUAUGCAAAAAUGAAUGAGCAGCUGAAUACACUAAAUCUAAACUUCCCCAAUUACUUUGAGUUCUUAAACCAAGGGUUUCAGGAAGCUCUGACGGCAGAAUUCAAGAGAGCUCAAUAGAUAUUCAAGAACGAUCUCCCUCAACUAGAUAACUUCUUCAAUAGCACUUACAAAAGGCUUUAGGAUUAAAAUAUAUAGUAGUUCAAUAAUGCUACUCGAAAGCAUUAUGACCUAGCAAGCUAAUUGAGCCAAGAUUCUAGAUGUUCUCACGAUAAGAUUCCAGUCUCUGAAGAUGCUCAUAACUUUUUCUGGUACUAAAAUAAUAUCAUGCAUCCCUACAAAAAUUUGAUUGAAAUCGAAGCAGAAAUAUCUCAUAGAGACCUUUAAAAGCAUUACUUACCUCACCCAUAUACUCUUGCAGUCUAAAAAAGUCUUAGCAAUCUAAGUAAUGAGAUGCAACAAUACUCUUAGAUUUUUAUUGAAAGAUAGCAAAGUUGGAAAAAAUGUAUUGAAAGAGAUCUUCCAGACUCAAAGACUGAGUAUCUAUAUGAUGUGACUUUCAACUCAUUAUUCCCUCACAGAUGCAUCUUACAUCCAAAGUAUACCAAGUCAAACUAUGAGUCUAUCGUCACAUCCUCCCUUGUCAGGAUAAAUUUCAUCACAAACACUAUUAAAUUUGUUCAGAUUGUGGAUCCUCACAGGAAAUUCAGCAACUAUCAUUCCUAAACAUUUGAAAGAAGAAGCUUGAUAUAUGUUGGCGAGAUGUUCUUGAUAAUCGAUACCCAUAAAAAUCAGAUGGGAUAACUUAUGAAUAUUGUUUAUCAAAUCGAUUACAAGGGUGAGUUACUUCAUAAGUUUUAACUAAAGGAUGUCGAUAAAGAAAACUUUUCAACCUGCGCUGAUUAUGAAUAUAUCUAUCUAAUUGGUGGCUAUCAAUAUAACUAUUCAGACAAUGAUAAUGUUACAGAAGCUGUAAGUGCAGAUAUAACUACAGCAAGAGUAAUAAAUAUCAAUGAUAUAAGAUAGCUGAAAACUCAGGAUAAAUCAUCAUACAUUAGACUCCAAGUUCCAAGAAUUAAUCCCUUGGUUGUAGUUAGGAAAAGCUUAUUGAUAGUAUGUGGUGGACAGGACUUUGAGGAAGAUGUGUUUAUACCAAGUGUAGAGAUCAUUGAAAAGGAUACAGGAGCCACCAAGAUGCUUUAAUUUCCAAAUUAGUCUUUCUAAAUCAGAACAGACUCACAUAGUUUGUUUAAGUUAGAUUUCAUAAUAGAGAGCCUUGAUUCCUACAAGAUUGUAAUCUUUCAUUCGGUUUAAAAGGAUCAGCAACUGAGUUCAAGAGAAUACAAGCUUGAAGAUGGCAUUUAGUGUCCUUAAUUUAAGUGGGAAGCUUGCACCAUGGAUUAGAAAGGCCAAAUCUCUCACUGGCAAUAAAGUAUGACUUCACAGUUAAGAUAAUCUUAAUCUGACUUAGGAAUGGGAUCUUUUAGCUACAAGCAUAGCAUUAUUAAUCAAUUAAAUGACUCUCCUAUUCCAUUCCCACUAAUUGUAUUCAAUGACAAAGAUGUCAAUCCAAGCGAUGAAUUCUCAAUCAAGGUCAUUCAGUAUAACAAUGACUAUCAAUUAAAACUGCUCUAUCCCAUCUCAUAUAAUAUAAUGACUCUUGACAACGUCACACUUGACUAUUCUCCAGAAUUACCUGAUGAGAAAUUGAUUAGGAAAUUCAAAGGAUUUGAUUAUUUCGUGAAUGUGCUUUCUAAUGGAAGUGGCAGCAAUGGAUAAGGAUAGAGUUCCUAAUUUUAUCUCUGA